AUGAAGAGCGCCAUACAUUUCCAACAGGGCACAAAAGGAUCAUCAGCGUGGCGGGCAGCUGUAACUAUGAGUAUCCUCACUAUACCAUCGUUUGCAUUUUGGUGUCUGCUCAUGCGUGGCCCAGCAGCACUCGCCUAUCAGCUGGGUUUCUCAUUGGCAAUAGUGGUGGUGUUCUUGUCUGUUGCUGGAAUUCUUCACUAUGUGCCGUCACCAAGUAUUUUCGCCUAUACCCAACUGCGCUUCUUUUCUUCCAGCGUGCGAUUGGCACUAUCAGUGCUUCAGACGGUCGUGACGGUACUAUGUAUCACGCUGGUACUUUUGCACUCCUCGUCCUUACUCUCUUCCGUGUCUUUAUUCUCCGUCUGUCUUUCCAUUGCCAUGACAGCGUUCUUUCCACUGUUUGGUAUAGUGUUCGCCGGUUAUUCCAGUAUUAUGACAUCUACACUCAUCCUGAACAUGUUUGUGAGUUUAUUCACCGAGUUAUACCAUUUUGGCUUAACCUAUGUAGGGUUAUCAGUGAGGACAGGCAUAUUCUCACAUCGUAGUUUCUGGUAUCGCAUAAAAUACUGCUCUUUAAGAUGA